AUGAAGCCCAACCCUCCAGGCUCCUCCCCAGAGGCCUGCAAAGCUGCAGGCCAGGCACCACAGCAGAAGACUCAAGCCAAACCCACAAAGGCUGCCAGGCAGAAGGUUCUGGUGACUGGAGGAGGAGGCUACCUGGGCUUCAGCCUGGGAUCCCACCUGGCCAAGAGCGGCACUUGCGUCAUUCUGCUUGACCGCCGCAGACCCCAGUGGGAACUGUCCCCGGAAACCGAGUUCAUCCAGGCUGAUGUCCGAGAUGAAGAAGCCCUGUACCGUGCCUUCGAAGGAGUGGACUGUGUCUUCCACGUGGCUUCCUAUGGAAUGUCCGGGGCUGAGAAGCUGCAGAAAGAGCAGAUUGAGUCUAUAAAUGUCGGAGGCACCAAACUAGUGAUUGAUGUCUGUGUUCGCCGGCGGGUUCCAAGGCUCGUCUAUACCAGCACUGUCAACGUUGCAUUUGGCGGGAAGCCCAUAGAGCAGGGCGAUGAGGACUCCGUGCCGUAUUUCCCAUUGGACGAGCACAUAGACCACUAUUCCCGAACCAAAGCCAUUGCCGACCAACUGACCCUCAUGGCCAAUGGGACGCCACUCCCAGGAGGAGGCAUUCUUCGGACGUGUGUGCUCCGGCCCCCAGGGAUCUACGGUCCUGAAGAGCAGAGGCACCUGCCCCGUGUGGCGGGCCACAUCAAGAAGAGGCUGCUCGUGUUCCGAUUUGGGGACCGCAAGGCACAGAUGAACUGGGUCCACGUGCACAAUCUGGUGCUGGCACACGUGCUGGCGGCCAAAGCCCUCACCGCGGCCAAGGGCUACGUGGCUAGUGGGCAGGCAUACUACAUCAACGAUGGGGAGAGCGUCAACGUUUUUGAGUGGAUGGCCCCGCUGUUUAAGAAGCUGGGGUACAGGCAGCCCUGGAUCCAGGUGCCUACUUCCUGGGUCUACCUGACAGCGGCAGUGAUGGAGCACCUGCAUCUGGCCCUGAGACCCAUCUGCAGCCUCCCACCGCUGCUCACCCGGAGUGAGGUGCGAAGCGUGGCCGUGACGCACACCUUCCAGAUAGCCAAGGCCCGCGCCCAGCUCGGCUAUGCGCCGGACAAGUUCAGCUUAGCCGACGCCGUGGAGCGAUACAUGGAGUCCACUAGCCGGCGACCCCGCAGCUCCACGGCGCAGACGCUCCUGCUGCCGCUGCUCGGACUGCUGCUGCUCCUAGGCUCGCUCGCCCUGGCCCUGCACUUCCUAGGCCUGCAGCCUCUACAGGCCGCCAUGAAGCGCCUCUGACCGUCCGCCGUCCGCCGCCCGCCGCCCGCCGGGGUCGGCCCUGCUGCACCCCUGCCCUCGCCCAGCUCUCUCGGCUGGUACCAGCC